UCUGAAGGGGAGAUGAGAGGGCAGAAGGGGGUCAGAAGCUGGCGGAACCCACAUGAAAAGAGAGAGUGGAGGGAAGGAGUGUGCUGUCUCAUUAGGGGGAGAGAAAUUAGGAGUAUAUAGCAAGUUGUAUAUAAAUGUUUGUAUAACAGACUGACUUGAUUUAUAAACUUUCAUUUAAAGCACACACACACACACACAAAAAGUCACAUCACAGGCUGGAUGUGGGGAAAAGACUACGUUGCCCGCUAAACCCAUGCACCUUGCUUUGGCAGGAGACGCCGGCCUAUUGACAGUCUAGGAAAGUAGCGCUUGCUGCGGCCCACGUCUACGGGGGUGGGACUUCCUGUGUUUUGUGGGUUACGUCAUUUAUCUGCGGCGCUGGGGUUCCUCCCACUAUAGUGAAGCGGGUGUUGGGCUGGAUCUGUUAUUUUAGAGAGCAAGCAGGAAAGUACGGUGAGGACAAGUGACACUUUGGCGCCAUUGUACAAGCCUGACCUCUCCCCGCCCUGUAACCAGAGUGUUUCCUGGGCGACCGCUGAGGCCUCCCACGAUCCCAGACGCGGCUCCCUGGGCCUGAAAGCCUUUUACGUGGGGGAAACUGAGGCCCUGAGUGCGAAUCAUCCGCGGUCACCCAACUUAGGACAGGGCAGGGUGGGGUCGGCUGAGCACGGGGACCGGCCCCAGUAACGUUCCUGUCCAGGUCUUACGCUGCGACAGGGUCACACGAUGGCGACAGAGCUGAGGGACCGGGUGCAGGUGUCUUUGACCUUCGAGGAUGUGGCCGUGACCUUCACGCAGGACGAAUGGGGGCAGCUGGACCUGGCCCAGAAGACCCUAUACUGGGAGGUGAUGCUGGAGACCUGCAGUCUUUUUGUCUCACUAGGUGACUGUGAACAGCUGCAGACAACAGAGCCUAUUAUUUGUCACCUGGCCUUGUCUGAGGAAGACUCACUGCAGGAACAGUUGUCACAGGGAGCCUCAAGGAAAUCCAGGAUGGAGCGAGCCAUGGAUCAGGAGGGAUCAUCGAAUAUUCAGGAAGGGCACUUGAGGCCAAAGAUAGAUGCUCAGAAGGAAAUGCUCCCUGGGAACAUAAGCCCUGAACGUGAUGGCGUGUGGACAGAUGAAAGUGUCCCUUCCAAGAUUGUACAGGAGCGAGUCUCUCCAGGAGAUCAUCUCCUUAAAUAUGACUCAGGUGGACCAGGUAAAGAUCCUUCAGUUCACAAAGAGAAAAAUUCCUAUAAAUGCAAGGAAUGCGGGAAAGUGUUUAACAAGAACUGCCUCCUUGUUCAACAUGAGUGGAUUCACUCUAGCGUGAAGCUCUACGAGUGUACAGAGUAUGGGACAACCUUUGGCAAGAGUACACACCUCCUUCAUCACCUUAACGUCCAAACAGGAAAAAAGUCCUAUGAGCAUAUUGACUGUGGAAAUGCCUUGAACCACAGGUCACACCUUGCACAGGAACUGCAAUUUCACACUGGUGUGAAGCAUUAUGAGUGCAUUAAGUGUGGCAAGGCCUUCAGCCGCAGAUCACAACUUACUCGACACCACCGGAUUCACACUGGGGAGAAGCCCUAUAAUUGCACAGAAUGUGAGAAGGCCUUCAAACGCAGGUCACACCUUGCACAGCACCAGCGGAUUCAUACUGGGGAAAAGCCCUAUGAGUGCAGUGAGUGUGGGAAGGCCUUCAACAACAGGUCACACCUUGCACAACACGAACGGAUUCACACUGGGGAGAAGCCCUAUGAGUGCACAGUGUGUGGAAAGGCCUUCAACAACAGGUCACACCUUGCACAGCACCAACGGAUUCACACUGAGGAGAAACCCUACAAGUGCAGUGAAUGUGGGAAGGCCUUCAACCAAAGGGCACAUCUUACACAGCACCAGCGGAUUCACACGGGGGAGAAGCCCUAUGAGUGCACAAAGUGCGGGAAGGCCUUCAGCCUCAGGUCGCACCUUGCACAGCAUCAGCGGAUUCACACUGGGGAGAAGCCCUAUGAUUGUAGUGAGUGUGGGAAGGCCUUCAAAAACAGGUCACACCUUGUACAGCACCAGCGGAUUCACACUGAGGAGAAACCGUACGAGUGUAGUGAGUGUGGGAAAGCCUUCAACCAAAGAGCACACCUUACACAGCACCUGCGGAUUCACACUGGGGAGAAGCCCUAUGAGUGCAGUGAAUGCGGAAGGGCCUUUACCCACCGCUCCACUUUUGUCUUGCAUAAGAAGAGCCACACAGGAGAAAAACCUUUUGCGUGCAAAGAGCGUGGGAAAGCAUUUUGUGAUCAGCCAGGCUUAAUCCGACACUCCAUCACCCACUCAUGAGAGAAGCCCUAUGAGUGUGUUGAGUGUGGGAAAGCUUUUAGCCAAAACACCAACCUUGUUUGACACGCCAUUAUUCACACUGGAGAGAAACCCUAUAAGUGCAGUGAAUGUGGGAAGGCCUUCAACCAUAGGUCAAGUCUUACUCAACAUGAGCGAAUUCACUCUGGUGUGAAGCCCUAUGAGUGCAGAGAGUGUGGGAAAACUUUUAGCAAGAGCACACACCUCCUUCAGCACCAUGUUAUUCACACUGGGGACAAGCCCUACGAGUGCACAGAGUGUGGGAAGGCAUUCAACCGCAGGUCACACCUUACUCGGCACCAGCGGAUUCACACUGGGGAGAAGCCCUAUGAGUGCAGUGAGUGUGGGAAGACCUUCACCCACCGCUCCACUUUUGUCUUGCACAAGAGGAGCCACACUGGAGAAAAGCCCUUUGUGUGUGAAGAAUGUGGGAAAGCCUUUCGUGAUCGGCCAGGCUUUAUUCGACACUACAUUAUCCACACGGGAGAGAAGCCCUAUGAGUGCAUUGAGUGUGGGAAGGCAUUCAACCGUAGAUCAUACCUCACGUGGCACCAGCAGAUUCACACUGGAGUGAAACCCUUUGAAUGCCAUGAAUGUGGGAAAGCUUUCUGCGAGAGUGCAGACCUAAUUCAGCACUACAUCAUUCAUACUGGGGAGAAGCCCUAUAAGUGCAUGGAGUGUGGCAAGGCCUUCAACCGUAGGUCACACCUCAAGCAGCACCAGCGGAUUCACACUGGGGAGAAGCCCUAUGAGUGCAGUGAAUGUGGAAAGGCCUUCACCCACUACUCCACUUUUGUCUUGCAUAAAAGAGCCCACACUGGGGAAAAACCUUUUGAGUGCAAAGAGUGUGGGAAAGCCUUCAGCGAUAGGGCAGACCUCAUUCGUCACUACAGCAUCCACACUGGGGAGAAGCCCCAUGAGUGCAUUGAGUGUGGGAAGGCCUUCAACCGCAGGUCACACCUCACGAGGCAUCAGCGUAUUCACACAGGGGAGAAGCCGUAUGAGUGCAUCGAGUGCGGAAAAGCCUUUUGCCGGAGCACCAAUCUCAUUCGACAUGCCAUCAUCCACACUGGGGAGAAGCCCUAUGAAUGCAGUGAAUGUGGGAAGGCCUUCAGUCGCAGCUCAUCCCUCACUCAGCACCAAAGGAUUCAUAAUGGGAGAAGUCCUAUCAGUGUAACAGACAUGGACAGACCUUUCACAAGUGGGAAAACCUCAGUCAACAUCCAAGGACUCCUUUUGGAGAAAGACUUUUUGAAUUUAACCACUGAGAAAAAUCUUUGGCCAAAGAAACCAUCUUACUCAGCAUCUGAUCAUUCAUACCUAAGGGAAAGCCCACAAGAGCCAUCCCCAUGAGUAAACGUUCUG